AUGUCUGAGCGCAGGCCCCUAAGACUGAUCCUGAGCCCUACCAUGACACUAACAAACCACAGCCUAAAUGGAAUCAGGCAUGCCUCAUGGGGACUUCUGGUCUUGCUUUGUCAGCAGACGUUGAUGGCAGCCCAUGUGUUGGACAGACCCUACCAGGGAUGUAGCUCAGAGACCUUGGCUGCGGUGGCCAUAGCAGAGGAUCCUGCAGUGGACUACGAGGGCCCCAACCCAGAGCCCGAACACAGUCAGGCUAGCCCAUGCCGACUGCAGGACCUGCUCAUGGCCACCAGGAGUAAAGCUGUGUCCGGGUGCUUUGGAGUCAGGAUGGACUGCAUCGGGACACCGAGCUGCCUAGGCUGCAGUCCUAAAAGAGAAAUCCUGGUUGGAAGAUUCUUGGAAUUACGCAGGAAUAAACAGGAAAUCCGGGAAUCCUCCAACUAUGAUUUCUGGAAAACCAGGGAAUUUUGGAAAAAUGACCCUUACAUUUUUAAACCCAAGCUAUGGCGAUGAUACAAAGAAUAAUAACGUUUAUUCCCAAAGUAAAAUCGAUCCAUCUUGUUAUAGACCAAAUGUAAUGCCAUUUCAUUUGAUCCAUUCAUAGUACAAUGUUCAUUCCUUAAAUAAAACAUUUAGCAAAAAAUAUAACAUAAAUAAAACAAGGAAUACUUAGUGUAUAAAUAUGUGCCAUCAUGGUUUGUCAUAAUUUAUUAUCUUUACAUCUAUCCACACUAUUUAGAAAAGCAAAGCUAACAUAUGGAAUUGUAUUAAGAUGGUCAUACCAUGGAUCAUUUAGCUAUUUCAUUUGGAAUUUUAGGACCC